GUCCAUUUCUGUUUGUUCGUUUCUGGCUCUCCCACGCGGGAUCUGUAUCGGUGACUGACACAGCCCUGGCGGACGCGCUAUAGGGCAGCCGAUCGGGUCCAGUAGGAGACGUCCACUGGCACCCGUCUGGGGCACCUUUUUGGGCCCAUCAGAAUUUUUCUGUUCGGGUGGCAGACACCCGAAACGUGCUAGCGAUCUAAGUGUUGUGUUCUCUAUUCUAUAACCUUUAAGUGUUAAACUCCUUCUCUUUCACAGGUAACCUGGCCUGGCCCAGCCAGAAAUCCUCAUAACUUUACUGUUUCUCCUUUUAAUCCUUUCCUCCACCUCCAGGAUACAGAUGGGCCAAUCUCAAAGCACUCCUCUUUCUCUCCUCGUUGCUAACUUCAGGGAUGUUAGAACCAGAGGACAGAAUUUAAGUUUAGACAUCCUGCAGGGAAAAUUAAUAGCCCUCUGCCGCUCCAAAUGGCCAACCUUCGGCGUUGGAUGGCCAACCGAAGGAACUUUCUGCCUCCCUAUAAUUGCUAAGGUGAAAUCAAAGAUUUUUCUACUAUCAGGUCACAAGGGACACCCGGAUCAGAUUCCCUACAUUCUUGUAUGGCGGAAUUUAGUGGAAAAUCCACCCCCUUGGUUGGCCCCCUUCCUAUCCUCGGGAACGUGUAAGGUCCUUGCCACGCGGCCUGCAGAUCCCCCAAAAUCAAGGACGCCAGCCACGCCCUUGUAUCCCACAUUGCCCGAUAGUCAGGACCUGCUAUCCCUGGACCCUCCACCCUAUCAUCCCCCUCCCCUCGUACCCCAGGCCCUGCCUGCAGCAGCCGUCCCCCCAGUUGCCCGAGGACGGGAGGCAGCAGCCGCACCGGGCCCCAUUGAAAACGAAACCAACCGCGAGGGGCCAGCCAGCCGAACCCGCGGGCGCACCCAGCGUGAGCCAAACCCUCGCCUCCCUGACUCCACUGUGGCCCUACCCCUGCGGGAAAUAGGACCCCCCGAUGAAACAGGCAACCCCCGACUCCAGUAUUGGCCCUUUUCCACCAGUGACCUUUACAACUGGAAAACACAGAACGCUCGAUUCUCUGAUAACCCUAAAGACCUAAUAGCUCUUUUAGACAGUGUCAUGUUCACCCACCAGCCCACCUGGGACGACCGUCAGCAGCUCCUCCGCAUCCUGUUCACUACAGAGGAGCGAGAGAGGAUCCAAUUAGAAGCAAGAAAGCUGGUUCCCGGAGACGACGGUUGGCCGACAUCUAACCCUGACCUCAUUAAUGCGGCUUUCCCCCUAACCAGACCUCCACAGGACGAAUGGGACUACAACACGGCAGAAAGUAGGGGAAGGCUACUCAUUUAUCGCCAGACUCUGAUGGCGGGUCUCCGGGCUGCAGCUCGCAAGCCCACCAAUUUGGCUAAGGUAUAUUCGGUCGUACAGGGAAAGGCAGAGUCCAGCUGCUUACUUAGAUUAAUGGAAGCCUUUAGGCAGUUUACCCCCAUGGAUCCAGAAGUCCCUGAGAACCAGGCUGCUGUCGUUAUGUCCUUUGUAAAUCAAACAGCUCCUGACAUUAGAAAAAAACUCCAAAGGCUAGAGGAUUUAGAAGGUAAACAGAUCCAGGAUCUGCUCCGUAUAGCACAAUGGGUCUACAACAACAGGGACGCCCCAGAAGAGAGACAGAUCAAGGCCACAGAGAAAAUGACUAAAGUCCUGGCCGCUAUAGUCCAGAAAGAACAGCCACCCCCAGAAGGCACUCAAACAACACGCCCUCCCAGGCGGCACUUAGAUAAAGAUCAAUGCGCCUAUUGUAAAGAAAAAGGCCAUUGGAUACGAGAAUGCCCCAAGAAGAAACAACCCCGCCCCAGCCAAGGGCAAUGGCAGCCUAAAAUAGCCCCCAUACUGUUUACCCAAGAUACAUAAUAGGGAGGACGGAGUUCGGAUCCCCUCCCCGAACCUAGGGUAACGUUGCAAGUGGAGGGGACCCCGGUCCAGUUCCUAGUUGAUACCGGGGCACAGCACUCAGUUCUGGUCAAGCCCCAUGGAAAAGUAUCUGAAAAAUCAUCCUGGGUACAAGGGGCCACCAGAAUAAAGAAGUACCCCUGGACAACUCAGAGGACUGUGGACUUAGGAACUGGGAAGGUAAUCUACUCCUUUCUGGUCAUUCCCGACAGCCCCUGCCCCCUGUUGGGGAGGGAUUUGCUUACCAAAAUAGGGGCCCAAAUUCAUUUCCAACCAGGGGACCCACAGACUGACUUCCACAACCAACCCAUAUCUGUACUCACUGUGAAACUAGAAGAUGAAUAUAGGCUCCAUCAGGAACCCACUCCUCUGGAUCAGGGCAUCGAGCCCUGGCUUCAACUCUUCCCAGACGCGUGGGCAGAAACGGGUGGUAUGGGGUUAGCAAAACAUCGCCCAGCCCUAUUUAUAGAGGUCAAGCCCGGGACGGACCCCGUCCGCGUGCGCCAAUACCCUAUGCCCGUGGAAGCCAAAAAUGGCAUCACACCGCACAUCCGCCGCCUCCUUGACUUCGGGGUCCUACGCACCUGCCACUCAGCAUGGAAUACCCCCCUGCUGCCCGUGCACAAACCCAAAAGCGGGGAAUACAGACCAGUGCAGGACCUGAGAGAAGUCAAUAAGCAGGUGAUGGACAUACAUCCAACCGUUCCUAACCCUUAUACUCUCCUGAGCGCCCUCAGCCCAGAAAAACAAUGGUAUACUGUUCUGGAUCUAAAAGAUGCUUUUUUCAGCCUACCACUAGCGCCUAAAAGUCAAGAGCUAUUUGCAUUCGAGUGGACAGAUCCAGACAGGGGCAUAAAUGGCCAGCUCACUUGGACCAGACUGCCACAAAGAUUCAAGAACUCUCCGACCCUGUUCGACGAGGCUCUACACGAAGAUUUAAGUGAGUACAGACAACAACACCCUAAUAUAACUCUCCUACAGUAUGUUGAUGAUCUCUUAAUAGCUGCCGAGACACCCGAAGCCUGCAUCCAGGGAACCGAAGGUCUCCUGCGAACUCUGGGAACCUUAGGCUACCGCGCCUCAGCAAAGAAGGCUCAGAUCUGCAAGUCAGAGGUAACUUACCUGGGUUACUUACUGAGAGGGGAGCAACGCUGGCUAACAGAUGCCUGGAAGGAGACUGUCCUUCGUAUUCCCAGACCGCAGACACCACGACAGGUGAGGGAAUUCCUAGGGUCGGCUGGGUUCUGCAGACUAUGGAUACCAGGGUUUGCUGAAUUAGCAAAACCUUUAUACCAGGCAACAAAAGAUCAACAGCCCUUUAGUUGGACGGAAGAAGCUGAACAGGCCUUCCAACAAAUUAAAACUGCUCUGCUAUCAGCACCUGCCCUGGGACUCCCCGAUGUUUCCAAACCCUUCCACCUAUAUGUAGAUGAGAACCGGGGCAUAGCCAAGGCGGUGCUAACCCAGCAUUUGGGCCCUUGGCGCAGGCCAGUAGCCUUUCUGUCUAAAAAGCUAGGUCCAGUGGCCGCCGGAUGGCCACCCUGUCUCCGGAUGAUUGCAGCCACUGCCCUAAUGGUAAAGGACGCUGAUAAGCUGACCAUGGGCCAAGAGCUACAAGUCACCACCCCGCAUGCCAUGGAGGGCAUCCUCAAGCAGCCGCCUGACCGAUGGCUGAGCAAUGCCCGACUCACUCAUUACCAGGGACUGCUGUUGAACCCCCUCAGGGUCAUCUUCACCCCCACAAUGGCCCUGAACCCAGCAUCACUGCUGCCAGACCCAGACAUGGGAACCCCACUUCAUGACUGCACCGACAUACUGGCUCAAGUUUAUGAGGUCCGGGAGGACUUGCAGGACCAACCAUUAUCGGAUGCGGACGCCAUCUGGUUUACCGACGGAAGCAGCUUCGUUCACCAAGGACAAAGGUAUGCGGGGGCGGCCGUAACUUCAGAAACCGAGGUGAUUUGGGCAGAAGCCCUACCCCCCGGAACCUCGGCCCAGAAGGCUGAACUAAUAGCCUUAACCCAGGCCCUAAAAUUAGGGAGAGACCGCAAGAUAACCGUGUACACUCACAGCUGAUAUGCCUUUGCCACUGCUCAUGUACAUGGGGCGAUAUACAGAGAACGGGGGCUCCUCACAGCUGAAGGGAAAGACAUCAAAAAUAAAGAAGAGAUUCUAGCCCUGCUAGCAGCCUUAUGGGAACCCAAAAAGCUAGCUAUUGUGCAUUGCCCAGGACACCAGAAGACAACCGACCCAGUUUCCCGGGGCAACAAUUUGGCCGAUCAGACUGCAAAAAAACAUAGCUCGGCCCCCAGUGCAAUUGCUGACCCUACAGCUGCCAGACCCCGGACCCCGGAAUUUCCCCCCAGCCCUGAGUAUUCAGAAAGCGACAUUCAAUGGAUGAGUAAACUUCCUAUGACCCGAAUCAAAGAUGGCUGGUGGAGAGACUCCAAAAGCAGCAUUAUACUCCCAGAUAAACUAGGAUGGGAAGUUCUAGAGCGGAUCCAUCGCAGCACCCACUUAGGUUCCCGGCGAAUGUUGGACUUACUGAGACAGACUGGACUAAAAAUCAGAAAUGUCUCUGAUGAGGUCGAUCAAGUAGUCACUAAAUGUACAGUGUGCCAACUCAACAAUGCGAGUAUCAAUCCUCAGACAACAAGGGUAAGACAAAGAGGGAGCAGACCGGGGACCUAUUGGGAAGUAGAUUUCACUGAAGUAAAACCAGGAAAAUAUGGAUAUAAGUAUUUGCUAGUUUUUGUAGAUACCUUUUCAGGAUGGACUGAAGCCUUUCCAAUCAAGAAUGAAACGGCGCAGAUUGUAGCCAAAAAGAUCCUAGAAGAAAUCCUGCCCAGGUAUGGUUUUCCAGUAACGAUAGGGUCAGACAAUGGACCUGCAUUCAUCUCUAAGGUAACAGGACUGGCUUCCAUACUUGGGGCUGAUUGGAAAUUACAUUGUGCAUACCGACCCCAAAGCUCAGGACAGGUAGAGAGAAUGAACAGAACAUUAAAGGAGACCCUAACGAAAUUGACCAUGGAGACUGGCGCUAAUUGGGUGGUCCUUCUCCCCUACGCUCUGUUCAGGGUGCGUAAUUCCCCAUACAAACUGGGACUCACACCCUAUGAAAUAAUACAUGGUAGACCACCCCCCAUCAUCCCUAACCUAAAAGAUAACCUUGUCAAAGCUGAGAACGAUAAUAGUCUUGAAUUCUUGUUCUCCCUACAAGCCUUGCAGAGGGUCCAUGAAGAUGUAUGGCCCAAAUUAAAGGAACUCUAUGAGACUGGACCCCCGCCUAUUCCACAUCAAUUCCGGCCAGGGGAUUGGGUCCUCAUCAAACGUCAUCGGCAGGGAACUCUGGAGCCCAGGUGGAAAGGACCCUUCCAGGUCAUCCUGACAACUCCUACUGCCAUCAAAGUAGACAGAAUCGCCACCUGGAUCCAUUUCGCCCACGCCAAACCAGUGGACCCAUUCUCAGACCUCAUCGGACCUUCAAAGACAACCUGGACUGUUGAUCGGACUAAGGACAAUCCUUUAAAAUUGACCCUACGCCGCCAACGGACUGAGCCGUAACUAUGGUACUUGCCCUCCUCUUGAUUGUUCUGCAAAUUCUGUCUGUAAAUCCAAACCCCCACAACCCCUAUAAUUUGACAUGGGAAAUUACUAAUUUAGAGACUCAUGAAGUCUACAACAAAACCCUAGGAACUGCCCCAUUAAAUACCUGGUGGCCAGAUUUAUAUUUUAAUUUAGAAAAAAUUAGUCCAUUAGAUGAAAUGGAAGGAGGUAAAUGGAAGCAACUGCAAAGGAGGGUAUCAGUAAAUAGAAAUGGAUUUUAUGCAUGUCCGGGAUUUAGGACGGGGACGAUGAGGCGCACAUAUGGAGGGUUUGAAACCCUCUAUUGCGCAGCCUGGAGUUGUGUCACCUCCAAUGAUGGGGAAUGGAAGUGGGAAGUAAAACCCCAAUUUAUUGAAAUGUCCUAUGUCCAACCAUGUACCCGCACCAGGUAUGAGGAAAACUGUAACCUUAUUCGUGUAAGAUUUACAGAGGAGGGGAAAAAGGACAGGCAGUGAGUCUCAGGACUCACUUGGCAACUCUACUUAUAUCAAUAUCCCCUCUAUGGGAUUGCCAUUCAAAUAAAAUUAAAAGUCUCCCCUCUUGUACAACCGGUGGGGCCAAAUCAGGUAUUAGAAAAAAGAAAAAAAAAAAAAAAGAGACGA